CAGUUCCCGGCAUGCGUCAGACGAGAGCUUCCCGCGCCGUCUCUUCCCAGCAUUCUCUGUUUACUUCCUGGUUCACCAACACUGAAAGAAGAACGCCGGAAAGGGGAGGUCGGGUACCUUCCAGAGUGUGCAACCCAGCGCCCCUCUCCCUCUCCCCGCGGAGUUUCGUCCUCGUCAUGGCUGAGCUGAUCCAGAAGAAGCUACAGGGAGAAGUGGAGAAAUAUCAACAGCUACAGAAGGACUUGAGUAAGUCCAUGUCAGGGAGGCAGAAACUAGAAGCACAACUAACAGAAAAUAAUAUCGUGAAGGAGGAACUGGCCCUGCUGGAUGGAUCCAACGUGGUCUUUAAACUUCUGGGUCCCGUGCUGGUCAAACAGGAGCUGGGAGAGGCUCGAGCCACAGUGGGGAAAAGGCUGGACUACAUCACAGCUGAAAUUAAGCGAUACGAAUCCCAACUCCGGGAACUGGAGCGCCAGUCAGAGCAACAGAGGGAGACCCUGGCUCAGCUGCAGCAGGAGUUCCAGCGGGCCCAGGCAGCCAAGGCAGGGGCUCCUGGGAAGGCCUGACCCUGUGGAGGGGGGAGGGAGGGGGUGGGAAUGAGGCAGCUCAAGGGUCUCUACUGUAGUGAAUAAAAUGUGAAAACACCUG